GGACUCACUCGAGAUGCUACUUUUUUUAUGACGAACUAGCAUGUUUGCCUUCACAAAAUAUUUACUGCUUUCCCGAACAUGUAACUCGAAACUACAUAUUUUUGUGGCCAUGUUGUGUUCCUGGCCCUUCUUCCCGGAGCAUUUCAUCAGUGGCCUGGUCGUGUAAAAUAAAAUGGGUUUCUGACCAGUUCAAACAGCGGGAGGAGAGCUGGGGAUAGAGGCAUCCCAUCACUUGUUUCUGUCCAGAACCAGAAACCUAACGAAGCGUAAGGUUACAGGCAGGGCAUGUCGUCGGAGGCGGAGGUGAAAGUAGCUCCCGGUGCGGAGGGGAAGCCAGAGGUUUCCACCGGGAACGCGUCCAGCAGUAACACUGCGCAGGUCCCUUCCUCUCUGGCCUCCACAAAGCCUGCAGCCACCUCAGCUACAGAGGAUGAGGAUGAGAGUGAAGAUGAAUCGGACAUCCUGGAGGAGAGUCCUUGUGGCCGGUGGCAGAAACGUCGAGAGGAGGUGAAUCAGCGCAAUGUCCCUGGGAUAGAUGUUGCAUAUUUGGCCAUGGACACCGAAGAAGGGGUGGAGGUAGUUUGGAACGAAGUUAUGAUUUCAGAGAAGAAAAACGUCAAACCUCUGGAGGAAAAAGUCAAAGCUGUAUUUGAUAAUCUCAUUCAUUUGGAACAUGCCAAUAUUGUCAAGUUUCACAAGUAUUGGGCUGACACAAAGGACAACAGGGCGAGAGUGAUUUUUAUCACUGAAUAUAUGUCAUCUGGAAGCUUGAAGCAGUUUCUCAAGAAAACAAAGAAAAACCAUAAAACCAUGAAUGAAAAGGCAUGGAAGAGGUGGUGCACACAGAUCCUGUCUGCUCUCAGUUAUCUCCACUCAUGUGACCCACCUAUCAUUCAUGGGAACCUUACCUGUGACACAGUCUUCAUUCAACACAACGGGCUCAUUAAGAUCGGAUCAGUUGCUCCAGACACCAUCAACAACCACGUCAAGACAUUCCACGAGGAACAGAAAAACCUGCACUUCUUUGCUCCUGAAUAUGGAGCUGAUAAUGAAGUUACCACGGCUGUAGAUAUUUAUUCAUUUGGCAUGUGUGCCUUAGAGAUGGCACUUUUAGAAAUUCAGGGAAAUGGAGACUCCUCGUAUGUUUCUCAGGAAGCUGUUGACACCGCCAUACAGUUACUGGAGGAUCCGCUGCAGAGGAAGUUAAUCCAGAAGUGCCUUGAGAAUGAUCCCAGCGUAAGGCCGACGGCCCGGGAGCUGCUGUUUAACCAGGCUCUCUUCGAAGUGCCUCUCCUGAAGCUGUUGGCUGCGCACUGUAUUGUCAGCCACCAUCAUGUGAUUCCUGAAAAUGCCCUUGAGGAGCUGACGAAAAAGCUGGAUCCCAAUCUGAUCAUUGCUGUGACUAAAGAGGACGUUCAGCUCAAGCUGUCACAGUUUCCUGCUUUGGAACUGGACAAAUUCCUGGAAGACGUGCAGAAUGGUAUUUAUCCAAUGACAGCAUUUGGGGUACCGAGUCCACAGCAGGCUCAACAAAAGACGGUUAAAUCUCCUGUUGUCGUUCCUUUGGUCAAAUCCCCCACACCUGAACCCACAGAGCUCGAGACACGAAGGGUCGUUCAAAUGCAAUGUAACAUAGAACCUGUUGAGGAGGGAGCAAAGUACCAUCUUACGUUACUGCUGAAACUGGAAGACAAACUGAAUCGGCAUCUCAGCUGCGACAUGUUACCUCAUGAGAGUGUUCAAGUACUGGCUGAAGAGUUGGUCCAACUGGGUCUGAUCAGUGAGAUGGACCAAGUCAAAAUCUCUUCAUUGCUCGAAGAGACGUACAGCCAAGCUCUUCAGUAGCGAGUCUUCUCAGAAGUGUGUUCUUGAUCUUGUUGCUUUCUCUUUUUGGAUAUUCAACAAAAUGAUUGUAAACAUUUGUUUACCCCGGUGGGUCUGUUCUACAUAGCCCUUGGUGGAUGUGACCAAAGGAGGAAAUCAUCCCUUACAUCAAGAAAGAAAACUACAUGAGCACACAAACCUGCACAAAAUACCCAUAUAUAUCUACCGUAGUCAACUUCAAAGAAACGAUCUGCUGUGAAUUAUGUUAUUAUUUUAAACGUCAGCGCGCAUAUUCAUUUAUACAUGUGGAAAUAUUAUAAAUGGUUUGACCAUUGUUUAGUUUAAGCCUAAUAAUUUGAUGAAUACUAUUUU